GGAGGCUGCGGUAAAUCCGGGCUUGCGGUGGCUGGCAGAGGUUACGGCCCGGUGGUCUCUGCUUCUCGCCGGGAUCCCCGAGAGCCAUGCAAAUGUCCUACGCCAUCCGAUGCGCCUUCUACCAGCUGCUGCUGGCCGCGCUCAUGUUGGUGGCAAUGCUGCAGCUGCUCUACCUAUCGCUGCUCUCCGGUCUGCACGGCCAGGAGGAGCAAGAACAGUAUUUCGAGUUCUUCCCGCCGUCUCCGCGAUCCGUAGACCAGGUAAAGUCUCAACUCCGCACCGCACUGGCCUCCGGAGGCGUUCUGGAUGCCAGCGGCGAUUAUCGCGUCUACAGGGGUCUACUGAAGACCACCAUGGACCCCAACGAUGUCAUCUUGGCCACGCAUGCCAGCGUAGACAACCUACUGCACCUGUCCGGACUUCUGGAGCGCUGGGAGGGUCCGCUGUCCGUUUCAGUGUUCGCGGCCACCAGAGAAGAGGCGCAGCUGGCCACGGUGCUGGCCUACGCGCUGAGCAGCCACUGCCCCGAGAUGCGCGCCAGGGUCGCCAUGCACCUCGUGUGCCCCUCGCGUUAUGAGGCCGCUGUGCCCGACCCCCGAGAGCCUGGGGAGUUUGCCCUGCUGCGGUCCUGUCAAGAGGUCUUUGACAAGCUAGCCAGGGUGGCCCAACCCGGGAUUAAUUAUGCACUGGGGACCAACAUCUCCUAUCCCAAUAACCUGUUAAGGAAUCUGGCUCGAGAAGAAGCCAAUUAUGCCCUGGUGAUCGAUGUGGACAUGGUGCCUAGCGAAGGGCUGUGGAGAAGCCUAAGGGAAAUGUUGGAUCAGAGUAACCACUGGGAUGGCACAGCCCUGGUGGUGCCUGCGUUUGAAAUUCGCCGAGCCCGCCGGAUGCCGAUGAACAAGAACGAGCUAGUACAGCUCUAUCAGGUGGGCGAAGUCCGGCCCUUCUAUUAUGGGCUAUGCACGCCUUGCCAUGCGCCCACCAACUACUCCCGCUGGGUCAACCUGCCAGAAGAGAGUUUGCUGAGACCUGCCUACGUGGUGCCCUGGAGGGACCCCUGGGAACCGUUUUACGUGGCUGGAGGAAAGGUGCCCACAUUUGAUGAACGCUUUCGGCAGUAUGGUUUCAAUCGAAUCAGCCAGGCUUGUGAACUGCACAUGGCAGGGUUUAAUUUUGAGGUGCUGAACGAAGGUUUUCUGGUUCAUAAGGGAUUCAAGGAGGCAUUGAAGUUUCACCCCCAAAAGGAGGCUGAAAACCAGCGCAAUAAGAUUCUUUACCGACAAUUCAAACAGGAGUUGAAGGCUAGGUACCCCAACUCUCCCCACCGAUGCUGAGUUCUUUCCUUCCACGGUCUGAGAAUUUUCAGCAUCUGGCGCUUCAGGCCUGACUGGGGUAAGAACAUGCCUCCACUUUACAGAGGUAGCUGUGGUUUUGGAACACUGGACUUGACUAUGAGGUGCUGGGAGCAAGUCUCAGCUUUACCACUAACUAGUAGGGUGGCCUUGAGCAAAACCUGUUCCUUCUCUGAGCCUCCAUUACCCCGUCUGUAAAAAGGGAGGUGAAAAUACCUACCUCACAGAACUGUUGGCUCAGAUGAGACGCUGUAUGUGAAAACAUCCUGUAAACUUCGUACAAAUGUGAAGUAUUAAUAUUGCUACAGUGUUAUUAUUAUGAUAUUGUUAUUAUUAACAAUGUUGGGUGGAUAGCGGCAGAGCAAAAAGUAUGAAUGGGCUAGAGCUUGAGUAUUUAAUAAAAUGAGCCUUUUGGAAAGAUGAAAACAUAGAACGUAGUGCUCAGAACUGGCGUAAAAUGUAAGCUUCCUCGUUCUCUUCAUGCCUGCGCCCUCCACCCUCCGAGCUCCAAGGAGGAAAGGGUCUGUAGGUCCUGGGGGUUAAAAGUCCCAGCUCUGUGCCCUCCUGGAGGUCGGGCUACUCAUUUGCCUUCGGAUGACAGUGUGUAAAUAAACGAGUGUUACACCCA